CUCGCUUUACGAUCGCAACAUCUCAAGCUCCAGCUCACUAUAAACAUACGUCAAGAUGGCGACCCGUGUGGAUGCAAAGAUGCUGCGGCAAACAAAGUUUCCUCCAGAGUUCAGCCAGAAGGUGGAUAUGACCAAGGUCAACAUUGAGGUCAUGAAAAAGUGGAUCGCGGGAAAGAUUUCUGAGAUUCUAGGAAACGAAGAUGAUGUUGUUAUUGAGCUCUGUUUCAACUUAUUAGAAGGGUCUCGCUAUCCCGACAUCAAAUCGCUACAAAUUCAGCUUACGGGGUUUCUUGACAAGGAUACUGGCAAAUUCUGCAAGGAUCUAUGGUCGCUAUGUUUGAGCGCGCAGCAAAAUCCUCAGGGAGUUGCGAAGGAAAUUCUUGAGGCUAAGAAGCUAGAACUCAUCCAAGAAAAGAUCGAAGCAGAAAAGGCUGCUGAAGAGGCUCGCAAGAAGAAGGAGCAGGAGCAAGUGCGUGAGCGCGAGAUUGAGGAAAUACGACGCAGGGAACGGUCAGACAGAGACAGAGGCGGAAGGAGAGGCGGCUUUGGAGGCCGGGACUUUGACCGACGUCGCUCACCUCCGAGACGGCGCAGCCGAGAUCGUUAUUGGGACCAGCCUUCGAGGCGAGAGUUCGAUUCGUAUGUUCCCUCCGGUCCUCCUCGCAGAGGACGUCGGCCCUCUAGAUCCCCCAAUCGCUCACGUUCGCGCUCGCGAUCUGUAUCAUCUCCCCGUGAACCGCCGCGCCGGCAACGCCAUGACCGCGCCAGACGACGUCGAUCAGCUAGCGGUUCCGUCUCACCGGACCGAGGAGAUCGCCAGAGGCAGAGGAGACGCAGUCCUGAUUACGGUGAUCGAGCAAGAUCCAUAUCCCGCAGUGAUUCUUCCCGCUCACGUACUCCCAGAAGAGACCGAAGACAAAGAUCCGUUUCUUCCAGCUCGUCGCGAUCCCCCGCCCCUAGAAACCGACACAGAAGAAGGGGCUCAUCUGUUUCAAGGUCGCGCUCUCGAUCACGAACCCCCGAGAGGAACCAUGGCCGGCGGAGAUCAUCGCCUUACUCAAGAUAUGACAAGAGAGAAUCAAGGGCUAAUAUUGCAAAGGGCAACAAAACCCGCGACGAUCGCCGCUUGAGCCGCAGCGGGGACCGCAACGGGGACCGCAGGCGGCGGCGGUCCCCCAGAAGCGAUAGUCGCAGUCGCAGCCGAAGCAGAGGCCGGUCUUUCAGCAGAAGCGCUAGCCCGCGGCGUCAUGGUUCUCGCAGUCGAAGUCGCCACGGGGACAGGAAGCGACGCCGCUCCAUUGAGAGAUAUGCUCCUGCCGCGCGAAGAAGGCGCAACACCUCUUCUGUAUCCGUCCAUACUGAGAAACGACAGAGAAUGACUGAUCAAGAUGAGGAUGCCACGCGCAAGUCGCCGCCUCGUGAGACCAGUAACGAGAAGAGCCCUGCUAAAGAGGUGGGUGAAUGAUCCCAAUACAUAUAAAGGUACCACAGUUACAUACCAUCGGCCCCAGCUACAAACCCAUUAUGUUUUCGAGAGGAGACUAAUCAUUGUCAAUAGCAUUCCCAUAUAAAACCACAUACACGCAUCUCCAGCACCGAGCUACGAGAGAAAAUUCUCCGCGAGAGACUUGUUGCCAUGCGUCGAGCCACAUUGAACCAACAAGGUAGGUAGGUAGCAAUUAAAAGUCUCCGACUCCAGAGAAGGCACUAGAUGCGCAUAAUGUCCUAUCCAUUCUAGGAGGGUAUAAUGAAAUCCAAAAAUCACUAUCUUCACCGCUGAGUCCGUAUUCGUAUUCCUACAAGUCAA